GCUCUAUUAUUAUCCGGUGUGAAAAUGGCGGUUGUUGGAAUAAUAACAAUUGCUACUUUAGCCGUUUUAUCAGAAAUAUGACUUUGUACACCUUUCAUUCAAAUGACAAUUAUGCUGGUUUGGUUUCUUAAGAUGUAACCGACAGAAAAUAUUUCAAAUUUGUGAAAAGAACUCGCAGACUGAAAGGGAACAAUGGCUAAAGAAAGCAGUGAUGAAAUGAAAAAAUUAGAAGAGGAGAUGCGUAUGUCAGAAUCCUCUGAAGGUGAAGAAAGUGGGAGUGAAGAUAAUGAGGUCCUUGAGUUAGAAGAGGACUGGGAGGACAUUGAGGAAAUUAAAAAUCCAGAAGAUACUGACAACCAGGGUGACUUACAAAAAGAAGAACUAUCAAAAGGUCUACCAUUGGAAAGCAACAGGAACACAGAUGGAAGUAAGCUCCAAGGGCCAUCAAAAGAGAAGAGAAAGUUUGGCACCAUUAUAAAAAACAUUUUUCCAUUCAAGUCAUCAGAGAAAAGUGUGCCAGCAUCUAGAGGGAUUAAGCGGAGCAAAGGAAAACCCAAUGUGAUAAGGAGCUGUAAGCGUAAAAAGUUAACACUUGGUAAGAAGGAUUCUAAAACAGAUGAUGCUGAUGAGAGAGAGGAGGAGGCAGACAAUGAGUGUUCUGAUGAUUCUGACAGCGAGGGCUGGCAGAUUAUGGAGGAGGAAUCAGACAAGGACCUAGACAAAGCACUGGAGGAGAACGCCAGCAGGAACAAGCUUACAGCCUAUAACGUUAAAGCAAUACUUCAUCAAGUUAUUACAAAUGAACAUGUUGUGGCCAUGGUGAAGAAUACUAUCUUGAAUGAGGUGGCUUCCAAGGAAGAACUUAAAGAGGCCACCUAUGAACCCAAAAUGACGAGGGCAACUGUCAAAAAGGCCAUAGAGGAGAAGGGAGAUGUAAUUCACCCCUGGCCAUUAACGCCCCUGAAGAAGAAGGCAGAGGAAGUGAAGACGAUUUUAGACAUAGAACUGAGUGAGGAGGAGGAAGAUGAUGAUUACAGCCCUGACAAAGAAAAGGAGGGAAGUUUCAGUGAUGAGGACAGUGAGAGUGUGACGUCUUCACACUUGAGCGACUUUGGGUCCCCCUGUCCUUCAACCCCAGCCACCCCCAGGACUCCAGUCUCCUCACUUGGACCCACUUUUGACUCAAGGACUGCCACUUCUACUGAAAAAGAAUAUAAAGGGCCAUUUCUUAGCCCCAUGGGUCCACCGAGCAAAAUUCCUUUAUACAGACAGUCACUCAAUAAGAAAUUUCAGGAAGUAGAGGAUAUGAGUGAGAAAACUAAGGAGGAGCAGACAAUAGCAGCCAGAACAAGGUCUAAGCUGUCUCUGGAGGACACGUCCAUUAUUGAGCUGGAAUCCACGUUUGUCCCCCCUGAUUUCACCCCUGACAUGUACGACAAUGAGUGUGAGGAUGAGGAUUGGCAGGGAUUUCUCCAGUCCCUCUACAAACCUCCAGAAUCAGAGAACACUAAUGACGGUCUAGAUGAGGAGGAUCCAGAGUAUAACUACCUGGCUGAAAUUGACGAUCUAAUCGACAGCGACGAGGAACUCCGCAACGACAGAGCCGUCAAAAUAUCAAAGAAGGAGAUGAAUACGUUGAUGGAUGAACUCUUUGAGUACUAUCAGGAGACACAGCCAUUGGAAGAGGAUGAAAAGAAAGCUAUGAAAGUCAGAGCAAAAGCUCAUUACAAGAGGCAGGUAACGGAGACGGACAGUCAGCCUCAGGGUACGGAGAAUCAGUGUUACGUCAUGUCUGACCACGAGAGAGAACAGAUCGCUGACCAAAUGAGAAAGCAUGUACAGCUGUUAACUCAGAUGUAUGUUUCUGCCAUGGGAAACCAGGCCGAGUACAAAGAGGUCGCAGACUACAGUAAAAAUCUUCUGAUGGAAUUGAAUCAGUUCAGUGUCACCAAUACUAAGUACCUGACACCUAAUUCCAUGUACAGUGCUACAAAUCUAAAGGAAGCUGUCAAUUUGGUCAAUAAAACAGAGGAAUGGGAACAGAUAGAAAAAAACAAACCCCAUAACAGAGGUGCUCAGUAUAUUUCCUCAGAGAAAUCCAUUGCCUCAAUGCUUGUACAAAAUUACCAUGAUUUGUCAAAGAGGAAAAAGGAUCUUAUCCUGAAUAUAGUGGGAGAUACACCAUCUAAGGCAGUAGGGGAGAGACUGCAGUCCAAUAGGCUGACCAUCCCUCACUUCACCAGCCAACAGAAGCAGCUGAUCUGGGCUAGUCCAGUCUUCAUGUACCCAGAACUGGUGCCCAGUGGCAGCUUCCUGUUUAGGGGUGAUCUCCAGGAAACAAAAAGGAGGGUGGCCUUCACUGAAUCAGAGGACAAAUUGAUGGCUCUCGGAUUGGACCAGUUUAAAAAUCUGCCAUACUUUCACCAGUUGAUCAGAAAGUUUCUUCUUCCUUGCAAAACAGAGGAGCAGAUAAGAGUUCGCAUCAAGAAUCUGACCAGUUCUAAGGCCUCUCCAAACAUUAUUAAGACCUACAAGCUGACCAAGAAAUUGCCAGAUUUUCAGACUUUCACUGGAGUUUUUUCACCUCAUGAAAUGAAAUCUCCUAAAGACCAAGAUACUGGAAAACUGCCUACUUGGUGCAAAGAGCUUAAAAUCCGUGAAAUCAUGGCCGGCACUGAGGAUGCUGAAGAGAAUAAUGGAAGUAUGCAGAGGUCAUCGAGUGUAAACAUUCCUCUGAUGUCAUCAGAGAGGAGAAAGGUUGAGGAUUCAAAGAGUUGUUCAGCUCCUGUGACACCUAUGACCAAAACACAGGACCAGCCCUGUACUGUCAUUAUCGUUCCAAACCUCACCCCCCAGAAGUCCAGUGUGUCUCAAAGGCCAGUAACUCCUGCAGAAACACAGUCUUCACAGAGUCCACUCCCCCUUAAUGCCAUUGUUCUCACUAAUAUUGCAGUCUCUUCUGCUUCAGAUGCAGAAAUUCCCUUUUCAACCAAACCUCUUGCAAUACCAUUAUCCUGUAGUCAAGUGCCAGUUAGUCAGAAAUACACUAGUAUUCUGUUACCCAGUCAAAGAAAUUAUACAGACUUGACCACUUCUAGCAGUUUAUCAUCUGAGAGUAGUCAAAAAGUGUUACCUUUGAACACAAGCUCAAGUAUGAUUCCUCCAGUGUCAUCAACAAGUGGUGUAAAAACCUUGUGUACUGGUGUGUCAUCAGUUUCCAUUUUAUUUAGUCAAUCAUUAUCGACUCCAACCUUAUCAAUCCAGACUUCAUCAAGCCAAACAGUCACUGUGCCUGCAUUAUCAAACAAGACAAUAACAAGUUCUUAUCAAAGCAUGCCAAGUUUGAUUGAUCUGAAUUGUCAGGAAUCAGAGGCUCUCGACAAAAAGUCAAGGACACCUACACCUCCAGAUAGUGCAUUAUUGUUAAAUCGUCUUCAAAACACUACCAUGACAUUAACUGAUGGUCCUGGUCCUAACAAUGAUAUGGGUACAGCUUUCUUACCCAUUGAGGAUAUUCAAGAGGAAUUACACAACAGCAAUGGAAUGUCUGUACAGUCAGAGAGGUGUAUUUCUCCUGAUAAUAUUGAACCAACUGUUAAAAUGAAAAAUAAGGAAAGUGAUUCAAAUGAAACUGGUUUAUCCAAGGAAGUUAUAAGGAAGCAUAUGAAAGGUUCUAAUGCUAGAUCUGAGUCUCCAAGCAGACUGAAGCCAUUUUCCCCUGGGUUUAUACCUCUACACCAGGAGUCAGGCCAAACAGAAAUCCUGGGAAAUCCCGGUAGUCCUAUACUGAUUAGAAUGGUUGAAAAUGUUCCCAGUCCUAUAGAGGGAAAAAACAGUCAGCCAACGGAAGGGAACAAAAAUCAGAACGCAAGUGUUUGUGAGCAUGAUGCAGAAAAGAGACAGAGUACUGCAGGGAAUGUGUUUUUUGGUGACAGUAAUUUGACAGAUUCUAGUGUUGUCCAGGUUGAUGUUUCAGACAGUAGUCUUAAUACCACACUGGUAGCUGACGACAGUUAUAGUGAAUCACCGAAUCCUGCUGAGAAUUCAAGAGAAACACAGGCUUAUGUGACAUCUUCAGUGGAUACUUCAGUUAGUGUAAAUCAGUCUACAAAUGUACAGCAGACCUUGGUAACAACAAUCACAUCUACACAUCAGUAUGUAACUGAACGUCAUUCAGAGAAUUACAACUCAACAAAACUUCUUGGUAUUCCGAUUGAAAAUAAAUUACAUGUAACCAAAAUUCCAUCUUCAAAUAGAACAGAAGAGCAGGAAUCUGACAAAAGUAAAACAACAGGUAGAGCCCAUUUAAUUGGAUCCCUGAGUAGUUUAUCAUCUUCUCAGUCUAAACCUUUAGUGUCAGCAAGCCCUAUGAAAUCAGCCCUGGAGAUUGUGGCUGCAUAUUCUUCUUUAAUGCUUUCUCCCAAGAAAGGCCCAGCAAGUUUUGUCCAGAAAGCACAGGAGACGACACCAGUUAAAAGCAGGUAUCGACCUCUAGCUCCCAAGCCUUACACGUCAUCAUCCGCAGUUGUAAAUCCAUUUUUAAGUCCUAGAAAAAGUCCCAGAAAAAGCCCUAGAAGGCAGCAGCUACAGAAAAAGGCCAGGGCAAUAUGCCCCAAAGGACUUGUGAUCAAAACAGUAGUAUCACCAUCCAAGAAGGCAGCCUCACAGAUCAUGAACAGAGUUCUGGGUAAAACACAUUGUAAAAUACUACCGCGUCCACCGGGCCUGCCUAGAACUGAACUUCACAUUCAGACCAAGGGGCUAACAUCACAUCAAGUACCAGCCGAGUUGCUGAAAGAUGAGACCGAAACAGAGGAGGAAGGAAUGGAGACGGCGAGUGAAUGUGACACAGUGGAAUCAGAAUAUUUGUCUGAUGAAGUGAUGGAGGAUGUCGGUGAUAAGAAGCGUUCCGCGCGUAAGAAUCUUCAGAAGAAGUUCCACAAGAACCGUGAGCUGCGUAACUCGGUGGAGAGCGAUGAUACGGAGGUGGACGAAUCUAAUCUUUACGACAGUCAGGACGACAAUGAUGAGGAGACGGAACACCUCGCCGAUCUCAUGGCCGCCAGCACCACCAUCAAAUUUAAUCCAAAGAGCAUUCUUUCAAAAGACCCUAAAGAUCUGUCCAGCAAAACAAAGAGAAGAAAAGAUUCUGCCUUAGCUAUGCUGGCCCCAGACAUUGUAGAAACAGACCCACUGAAAGAUGACCGAGACACGGCAUUUGCCCAAGCCUACUUAAUCAAGGCAGCAGAGGAUCUGAAACACGACUUUACCACAUACGAACAAUUUCUGAAAAUCCUGUAUGAGUUUGGAAAAUCUGAACAGUCACCAGUAAAGCUGUACAGAGAAAUGAAGGUGCUGUUGAGGAAUUUCCCUGACCUGGUGGAGGAUUUCUCAGCUUUUCUGUCCCCCAGUCAGGCAGUGGAGUGUGGCUGCUUUAUGGAGAACCUCCGCUUUAGGAGGGCCAGGACCUUCCUACGUAAAUUAGAGGUAUACGCUGAGAGACAUCCAUCUCAGUAUCAGAAAACCAUGAAACUGCUGACAAAGUGGGCCCCAGGUGGCUCCAAGGAGGAGGAGAGGGUGCUGAAGGAAACCCUGGAACAAGUUCUGAAGAACCAACCACAUCUCCUGGAUGAGUUGUCCCUCUUUUUUGAGGAUGAAAAGCCCCCUGACAGCUAUAUGACUGAUUUUGAGGAGAUAACUCUGGCAGACAGUGAUGAAGACGAAGGGUUCCUGUUUGAUGAUUUUGAGGAAGUGGUCAUUCCAGAAGAUGAAAAUCCUGAUGGAACUAAGAAGUGCAUGUGUAAUUGUCAUCAAAAUCCCAAUGCUAAAAACUUCCACAUGAGGAAUAUUCACUGUACAAACUGUUGUUUGAAGGUAAUUGAUGGAGAGCUAUACUACAGGAUCAAUAGACAAGUCAUAAAGAAAGUGAGGGUGAAGUAUUACCCCGAAGUUAAACCUCUGAGCAGCCUAGAGGAAGAAGAGGAGGAGGUGGAGAAGACGAGAGUGAAGACAGAACCGAUGACACCGGCCCAGUGGGAGGAAGAUGAGGAGGGAGCAGAGAAAGAGAACGUAAAGAUCAGAUGACCAAAGAACAUAGGAAUAAAGCUUAAGAUAUCUAGCAGAAAGAAGGGGAAACAGGGGCGCUUCUUUUCUAUCAAAGAAAUGGCUGAUUCUCCUGUCAAGAAAACAGUUACAAGUGUUUCAACAGAAACUGGGGACCA